UGGCCUGGUCGGGGGCGGAUGGGGCGUCCUUCUCCGCCCCGGGCAUCGCGGCCGACAUGCCGCUAAUCGUGCUGAACGGCGUGCGCGUGGACUUCCCCUUCCCGCCCUACGAGUGCCAGCGGGAGUACAUGGCCAGGGUGCUGGAGUGCCUGCAGAAGAAGGUGAAUGGCAUCCUGGAAAGCCCCACCGGCACGGGCAAGACGCUGUGCCUGCUGUGCACCACCCUGGCCUGGCGCGAGCACCUACGAGACGCCAUCUCUGCCCGCAAGGUGGCCGAGAGGGCACAAGGGGAGCUGUUCCAAGAUGCUGCACUGUCAUCCUGGGGGAAUAUGGCUGCCACUGACCCCAUCGCUUGCUAUGCUGACAUCCCGAAGAUCAUUUACGCCUCCCGGACACACUCCCAGCUCACUCAGGUCAUUGGUGAACUUCGGAGCACCUCCUAUCGACCCAAGGUGUGCGUCCUGGGCUCCCGAGAACAGCUCUGCAUUCACCCGGAGGUGAAGAAACAGGAGAGCAACCACAUGCAGAUCCACCUGUGCCGCAGGAAGGUUGCAAGUCGCGCCUGUCAUUUCUACAACAAUGUGGAGGAGAAAAGUCUGGAGCCAGAACUUGCCACCUCCAUCCUGGACAUUGAGGACCUGGUGAAGAGCGGCAGUAAGCACAAGGUGUGUCCAUACUACCUGUCUCGGACCCUGAAGCAGCAAGCUGACAUCAUCUUCAUGCCGUAUAAUUACCUACUGGAUGCCAAGAGUCGCAGGGCGUACGGUAUCGAUCUGAAGGGGACUGUGGUGAUCUUUGAUGAAGCCCACAACGUGGAGAAGAUGUGUGAGGAGUCGGCGUCCUUUGACUUGACUCCCCGUGAUGUGGCUUCAGGCCUGGACGCCAUUGACCAGGUGUUGGAAGAGCAGUCUAGGGUUGCACAACAGGGAGAGCUGCUGGCGGAGCUUGGCACCGACCCUGUGGGCUCAGGGCUCAACAUGGAGCUGGAAGACCUCGCUAAGCUCAAGAUGAUGUUGCUGCGCCUGGAAGGGGCCAUAGACGCGGUGGAGCUGCCCGGAGACAACAGUGGUGUCACCAAGCCAGGCAGCUUUGUCUUUAAGCUCUUUGCUGAAGCCCAGAUCACGUCUCAGACCAAGGACUGCAUCCUGCACUCACUGGACCAGAUCACCCAGCAUUUGGCUGGACGUGCCACAGCAUUUACCAACACGGCUGGACUACAGAAACUUGCCGACAUCAUCCAGAUUGUGUUCGAUGUGGACACUCCCGAAGGUGGCCCUGGAUCCCUGGAGGGCUCACAGUCCUAUAAGGUACACAUCCACCCUGACAAUGGUCCCCGAAAGAUGGCUUCACGGGCAGACACCUGGACCACCACUGCAUCCACAAAGCGAGGUAAAGUCCUCAGCUACUGGUGCUUCAGCCCCGGCCACAGCAUGCGCGAGCUGCUCCGCCAGGGCGUGCGCAGCCUCAUCCUCACCAGCGGCACCCUGGCCCCUCUCUCAUCCUUCACCCUGGAAAUGCAGAUCCCCUUCCCAGUCUGCCUGGAAAACCCGCAUGUGAUCGACAAGCACCAGAUCUGGGUGGGGGUCGUCCCCAGAGGUCCCGAUGGGGUUCAGCUGAGCUCUGCGUUUGAGAAGCGGUUUUCCGAGGAGUAUCUGUCCUCCCUGGGGAAAGCUCUGACCAACAUCGCCCGUGUGGUGCCACACGGACUCCUGGUCUUCUUCCCUUCCUAUCCCGUCAUGGAGAGAAGCCUGGAGUUCUGGCGGGCCCGGGACUUGGCUCGGAAAGUGGAAGCGCUAAAGCCCCUGUUUGUGGAGCCAAGGAACAAGGACAGCUUCACAGAGGUGAUUGACGCUUACUACAAGCAAGUGUCCCGGGGCCCCAGCGGGGCUGCUUUCUUGGCUGUGUGCCGGGGCAAGGCCAGCGAGGGGUUGGAUUUCUCGGACACAAACGGCCGUGGUGUGAUGGUUACUGGCCUCCCGUAUCCCCCACGCAUGGACCCCCGUGUUAUCCUCAAGAUGCAAUUCCUGGAUGAGAUGAAGGCCCAGAGUGGGGCUGGGGACCAGUUCCUCUCUGGGCAAGAGUGGUACCGACUGCAGGCGUCCAGGGCUGUGAACCAGGCCAUUGGCCGGGUGAUCCGGCACCGCCACGACUAUGGGGCUGUCUUCCUGUGUGACCACAGGUUUGCCCACGCUGAUGCCAGGGCCCAGCUGCCCUCCUGGGUGCGCCCCAGCGUCAAGGUGUACGACAACUUUGGCCAUGUGGUUCGCGACGUAGCCCAGUUCUUCCGGGUUGCUCAGAGAACUAUGCUGGUUCCUGUACCCCAGGCUCUGGUUCCCAGAGCUGAGGAGGAGAGAAGCACUGCCCAAGAUGCCUUGGUGCUGGGGCCCAUGCUGUCCAUCAGGAAGGCCAAGAGUCUAGACGUGCACGUCCCCAGCCUGCAACACAGGCCCUCGGGGCCAGCCAGCGACCCAGAGAGCAGCCUGUGUGUGGAGUACGAGGAAGAGCCUGGUUCAGGCCCUCGGCGGCCAGCGGGAUUGCUGGCCGCCCUAGAACACAGUGAGCAGGCUGCGAGGCCUAUGGACGAGGCCUCCCCCAGGAAGGGGCAGGCCCCUGGCUCCACCUUGACCCUGCCGUGUGAAAAGAGACUGGCUGAGCGGCAGAGAGGAGGCAGGAAGAGAAUCAGGCUGGUCCGGGCCCCGGAGGAGCCAGCUCUGGGUGCCCAGGUGCAGCGGGCGAAGCUGUUCAUGGGUGCAGUGCGGCGGGCACUGAGCCAGGCCGACUUCACCACCUUCACCCAGGCCCUGCAGCACUACAAGGACUCCGAUGACUUCACAGCCCUUACAGCCUGCCUCAGCCCGAUUUUCACCCGGGACCCUGCCAGCCACAGCCUACUCCAAGGCUUCUACCAGUUCGUGCGUCCCCAUCACAAGCAACAGUUUGAGGAAUUCUGUUUUCGGCUCACUGGCCAAGGCUGUGGCACUUCUUCAGGAGGGAGAGAGCCCGAGUGCAGGCUGACCGUGUCCGAGGGUGCGCUGAAACAGCUAGAUGCCGGAGAGCACCUGAACCAUGGGGGACCCCACCUGUCCAGCAGGCCACUCUCUGCAGAAGGUCCCGACUACUGUCCACGUGUGGGACAUGGAGCAGAGAGGGGUGCGUCUGUGGCCAGUGCCUACCUGGCAGAUGCCCGCCGGGCCCUGGGCCCUGACGCCUGCAGCCAGCUCCUGGCAGCCCUGAAGGCCUACAAACAGGAUGACAACUUUGACAAGCUGCUGGCUAUGCUGGCUGCGCUGACCACAGCGAGGUCUGAGGACUUCUCCCUCCUACAAAGGUUCGGAAUCUUCGUGCGCCCUCACCACAAGCAGCGCUUCCUGCAGACCUGUGCAGACCUCACAGGGCUCCCCAAGCUUGGUGAGGCAGCUGGCCCCCAGCCCCCUCAGUCAUGUCCAGGCCCCUCAAAGGCAGAGAGGCCCGAAAAAGCUCAGAGCAAGAUCUCAUCCUUCCUCAAGCAGAAGCCUGUAGACCCAGCAAAGGCCCCUGCAAGGCCUCCUGGGCAAGUGCAGGGAGGCUGCGUGUGCCAGGGCUGUGGGGCAGAGGACUCAGUACCCUUCCAGUGCCCCAGCUGCGACUUCCAGCGCUGCCAGGCCUGCUGGCAAGGGUGCCUCCAGGUCUCCAGGACAUGCCCAUCCUGCGGGACUGCCGUCAGGAAGCAGAGCCUCACACAGGUCUUCUGGCCGGAGCCCAGCUGAGUGCCUUGGAGGCCGCACUGGCUGCAGCUGACCUCUCACAGUCCAGGAGCCAGCCAGCAGAGGUCCUUGCCAAAUCCAUCA